UCUCAUUAUAUUCUCUCUCUUCCCUCCUCUCCUCAUCUUGUUCUCUGUAUGUGUGUGGAACUUCCCGUUUGGCUUUCCUUCUUCUGAUCUUGAAGCGGAGCGCCGCCUCGGAAUCCCCAGAACGCCUCUUGGAUUGUACACCCCCCAGACAUAGACAUGGACAUGGACAUGGACAUCGAUAUGGACGCUUCUUCUCACAACUGGCUUGCCUUCUCUCUGGCGCAGCAACCCUGUAGCCUCCUCGAAGCCUUCUCCUCCUCCUCCUCCGCCGCCGCGGCUGCUGCUCCGUCUGCGCACCAUGAUGGUGGUGUGGAGGCAGCCGACGAGGAGACCAACGCCGCCACCGAGCUGGUGGCGCUGGCUUCGAUGGGGCCGAAACUAGAGGACUUCCUCGCGGCGCCGCUGGGGCGGUACUCCGCCUACGACUCCGAGCUGAAAAGCAUCGCAGCAGCCGGGUACAUACACUCGGAGCAGCCGGUCGCCGCCGCGGCGCCCUCAGCAGAGUCCGCGAGGAAAUCCACGUCGUCCGCGACCGCCGCGGACACCUUCGGCCAGCGCACCUCCAUCUACCGGGGCGUGACCCGGCACCGCUGGACGGGGCGGUACGAGGCGCACCUGUGGGACAACAGCUGCCGCCGGGAGGGCCAAAGUCGCAAGGGCCGCCAAGUCUAUUUAGGCGGAUACGAUAAGGAGGACAAGGCCGCGAGAGCUUACGAUCUGGCAGCGCUCAAGUAUUGGGGUCCGACCACCACUACCAACUUCCCAGUCAGUAAAAAUUACUCCACUCGAUCUUCUUUGUGUUCUUGUAAAUUAAUCUUACGAUAUAUGAUGCAUGGCUAUUAUUUGUGCAUGCUGAUGAAGAUCUCAAACUACGAGAGGGAAAUGGAGGAGAUGAAGAACAUGACGAGGCAAGAGUUCGUGGCCUCCCUCCGAAGGAAGAGCAGUGGAUUUUCUCGCGGCGCCUCCAUCUACAGAGGAGUCACCAGGCACCAUCAGCACGGGCGGUGGCAGGCGAGGAUAGGCAGAGUGGCCGGCAACAAGGACCUCUACCUCGGAACAUUUAGCACGCAGGAGGAGGCGGCGGAGGCGUACGACAUCGCGGCGAUCAAGUUCCGCGGCCUCAACGCCGUGACCAACUUCGACAUGAGCCGUUACGACGUCAACAGCAUCGUCAGCAGCAACCUUCCCAUCAGCGGCCUCUCCGGCAAGUCGUCCUCCAAGCCGACUCAAGACUCGCCGUCGCCUCCGCCGCAGUCUUCCUCGCCCGAUCAGAGCACGAUGAAGCCGCCACCGGACCACGAGUACUGGUCCCUUCUCGCCUUCCACCCCCACCACCACCCCCACCACAACCCUGGCUUCGGCCUCUUCCCCCCAGCCUUGCCGAUGAUGGACUUCGCAAGCUUGCCAAACCCUAACCCCACCAAGCCCAUCCACCAAGAGGCUGGCAUCGGCCUUGCUUGCUACGACGCGAUCCAACAAUAUCAGCAAGAUCAUCAAUUCGAGAGCAACGCAUACAAUUACGAUCACGCAUCCAGUUACAUGGAGAGUUGGAUCGCCCCACCGCCGUCUUCUUCUUCCAAGCCCACAGUGGCAGCCUUUCCGGCAGCCAUCUUCGGGAUUGAAUGACAUGUUAAUGUUAAUUAGGGUGCGUGUCUGUGUUCCUUUGUCUGUGUCUGUGUUGUAUGUGUAUGUUUGUGCGAGAGAGAAAGAGAGAUGGAGAUGAAGAUGAAGAACUGACAAUAGUUACACAAAGGAAAGGAAGGAAUGAAGGACUGACACAAGAGAAGAGAAAGAGAGGCUUUACUAGCCAAGUAGUAGCUAGCUAACGUGAGAAUUCAAAGUUUGUCAUGCUCAAACUCGACGUUUAUCUUUUCUUUUGCUUUCUUUGUUCCUGUCUUUACUGACAUGAUUCUAUAUAUUGUCAUCUGAUGCAAACAUGCUUUUUGUUGCUUAAUUCCGUCCCUUUGUUUUUGCAUCUUUGUAAUAAUAUAUAGGAAGGAGCUUCUUUUCCCUA